GUAGUUAUGUCUUCGAUCAGUGUUCAAAUAUCAUCUAAAAUGAAAAACUCGACUAUUUUACGACAACCAGUGAUAGAUCUGUAUAAACAAGAACCACGAGGACAGUAAAGAUAAGAUUUGACGUUGUGUUCUUUUGGUUAAGAACAUGGAAUCCUUAUUGGUGACAACUGUAGAGGAAGAUGAGGAUGAUGAUGAAAUUCAACCAAAUCUUAUGGAUGAUGAAUCUAGUGAUGAAGAUGUUGAUGAUGAACAUCAUGCAAGUCUUCUAUCAUCUAUAACAUCUCUAGCUGAUCAAAAACACAAAAAAACACAUCAAAGAACUGUCGCUUCUGCAGAUGUAUCAGAGUAUGGAUUCAGUAAAUUAUAUGAGAAGGAGUCCCAGGUGAAUUUAAGUGAAUUGGUGUCUAGUUUAAACUCUUCCACUUCUGCUGGUAAACUGAAGAAAAACAUUAAAACUAUUGAACAAGAAAAAGUAGCAGAUGUACCUUUAGUUAAACCCCAACAAGAACGGUUAACGAGAAGUAUCGCAUACCAAGCUAAAACUGAAGAAAUAUCAAAAUGGCAGCCAUUAGUCCAGAAGAACAGAAAAGCAGAACAGUUAACGUUCCCUUUGCAGCAACCCAACUUAUCUCUAAAAACAUCAGACGAGAUGACAAAACGCUUUCAGGCAAGAACACCAUUAGAGAGAGAAAUAGCAAUGUUAUUACACGGUAGUGAUUAUGUAGAAAAACAAACAAAAAUGUUAACACCAGCUGAAGAAAGAGCUUUAAAAGCUAUGAGCUUAGAAGAGGCAAAAGAAAGAAGAGCAGAAUUAAAUAAAUACAGAGCUCUGAUGACCUACAGUGAGGCUAAAUUUAGACGACAAAAGAAAAUAAAGAGUAAAAGAUUCCAUAAAAUUUUACGGAAGGAAAAACUGAAGAAGGAGGAAAAAGAAUUGGAUGUUUUACAGAAAACCGAUCCUGAAUCAUAUUUAGAGAAAAUAGAAUAUGCUGAUAGAGCCAGAGUAGAGGAAAGAAUGAGUUUGAAGCAUAGAGGUGGAAGUAAAUUUGCCCGAAAGAAAAUGAUGUACGCUAGAUACGACCCGUUGGCCCGUCAAGCUGUUCAAGAUAUGAUUGAAAAAAAUAAAGAAUUGACGAAAAAGCACUACGAAUCUAGUGAUGAGGAUGAAGAUGGGGAUGUUAGUAUGGAUGAUGAUGCUGAAUUUAGGAUGUUGUCUGCUGCUUUAGAUGCAAAGGGGGACAACCCAUGGAUGAAAGCUCCAACUAAAUCAUCCGAUUUUGUCAGACCAAAGAAAAUUACACAAGUGAAAAAAAAUACUGAGGCUUCUGAUUCUGAGGAAGAGGAAGUUUUGACCUUUCACCCUGACAAUAUGAAUACUGAUAAGAAUUUACUGGAGUUGGAAGCUCAACGCCAAAAAAAACUGAAAUUGAAAAAUAAAACACAAAAUGUCGAAGUGUUUGAUAUGUCUAAUAUUGAUAGCUCAGGAAAAGAACAACAGGAGUUUGAUGAAGAUAAAGUAGAUGGUGAUGAAAAUGAUGAACUUGAGAAAAAAUUGUCAAAAUCCUUGAAAGAGGAAGAAUUGGUCACACCAGGUAAAAAAGGUAGAAAAAAGAAGAAAAAAAAUCAUAAGAGUGGUGAAGAAAAAACGACAGAUGUUUCCGAAGACAAAAAAGAUGUGGAAGAUUUAUUUAAUAUUUUGGAGAACGUAGAGAAGCGACACGCAAAAAACAAAAAAACAAAAAAAGAAACAAAAUUGAAAGCAAAUUCUAAAUCAAGUGUUGAAUCAAACAAGGAAGAAAACUGUGAAUUAGAAGUAAACAAUGAUGAAGAAUUAUCCCACUCUAUGACUAGAAAACGUACGAUGGAGGAAUAUGAGAGUAAUUGGGCCGAAGAAGAAGAUAAAACUCCAGCAAAGGUUAAGAAACAGGAGAAUUCCGAAGAAUCUUCCCAGGCACCCAACAUUAAGAUGGUUUCAAUUGACCCAAAGAAAUUGUUCACUAUUGGGCCAGAGGUUAUAAAAUCUACAGAUGGGGCUGAAAUCGUGACCAAUGAGGAUGGAGAUAACAUGUUAGAUGUGGAAGAAGAACAGAGAAUGACUAUAGCCCAAGCAUUCGCUGAUGAUGAUGUUAUUGAAGAGUUUAAACUAGAAAAGAGAGAGAUAGUGGAUCAAGAUAAGCCAAAGGAUAUAGAUUUAGUUCUACCUGGUUGGGGAGAGUGGGGUGGGGCUGAUAUAGAACCCAGUAAAAAGAAAAAGAAAAGGUUUACUAUAAGACAAAAGAAUAGGGUCAAGAGAAAAGAUUCUAAAAUGGCAAAUGUUAUUUUACAUGAAAAGAAAGAUGACGCUGUAGCACAACAUCAGGUGAAACAGUUACCAAGACAAUUCCUGAAUACUAAACAAUUUGAACAGAGUAUAAGUCAACCAAUCGGAAAUACCUGGAACCCUGAGAAGGCUUUCCAUAGAAUGAUUCAACCGAAAGUCGUCACGCAACUUGGUUCAAUUAUUAAACCAAUGGACAAGGAAGAAAUGUUCAAAAAACAGAAAUUGAACAAAAAAGCAGGAGCAGAUUUCAAUAAAAAUGUACCCAAGAAAAAUCAAGAUAAAAACAAAAGUAGAAAAGACAUAAAGAACAUUAAGAAAAAAGUUAUCAAUAGGAAGAGAAAGUGAACCAGAGAUGUUAUAUGUACAUAAUAUAAUGCAUGUAAAGAGUGUUCCACUUCAUUCAAUGGAUUAAAGCCACUGAGUGUCAUUUGCCUUUUUUGGGGGGUGGGAGACAAUAUCUAAUUUUUCACGUCUUAAUUCACGCUAAAAUGUACUCAGAUUGAUUAUUUAAUAUUUUAUUAUAAAAAGUAAAACAUCUAACAGUAGAUAAUCUCCUGGCUUGAAUUCAAUCAGAUUAAUAAAGAGGUCCAGUAGAAGAUUAGUGAUUAUUGUAGGUGGCACUGACUUGAUUUGACCAUAUCCCAUUGAUAUCAUCUGCAGGAAUACUCAGUUCUGAAAUAACAUCUUAACCAGCUUGAAGAUAGACCUCUGAAUUGUGGUCCAGUUAUAUAAUUUAACAAAUUUUCAUCCAAUACUAAUUAUUGAAGUACAUAUAUAAUAUAAUGUAUUAGAAUAAUAAAAAAUGUUAAUGAUUAUCAUUGGAUAAAAUAAAUAAAUAGUGAAAGUUUAAUAAAA